AUGGCGGCUGGAAAUGCCCUUUUUGUGUACUCUGUGCCGGAAACGCCGUGGCACGUGGUGGUGACGGACCAAAGCCGGCAUUUCUACUUCAAUUCGGCCACGAAAGCGUCGGUGUGGCAGAUCACGGAAACCGAUGAGGGAGUACUGGAAAAGAUCGAUUACAACCAAUUGGCUGUGCUUUUCGCCAAAUCUCGUGGCUGGGCGCCCAGGGAGAAAGGGCGGCCGCGGAAGGAGGUGAAGAAGGCUGAAAAUGAGGAAAUUGUUGAGGAGGUGGAGGAAAAGGUGGAGGAGAUGGAGAACCCUGAAAGUGAAGAGGAGGAGGAACACGUGGAGCCAGAGGUACCUCACGACUUGAUUGGGUCGAUUGUGGCGGAUGCAGGGCCAGUUGAAGAGGAAGAAGAGGAGAAAGAGACCAAGGAGCAAGCUGGAGGAUUGGGUAUUCUUCAAGGUUACGGAAGUGACUCUGAAGAGGAGGCCGAGAGUCCAAAAGAAGUUAACGAUCCAGAGGAAGCUGACCAGGCAAAUGAUGUCGCGGAAUCUGAAGAGGACGUCAAUGCCGGGCUAGAGCUCGGAAUUCUGGAGGACGAAGGUGAAGAUGAUUCUGAAGAAGAUUCCAAAUCUGCCUUUAAGGAACUACUAUCGCAGCAUCAGGGCACUUUCUCCAAGUUCGACCCGUGGUUUCUUGUGGCCGAGGAGCUUGUUUCCGUUUUGGCGCAGGAGCCGGCUUUCUAUACGCUUCUGGACGAAACCAAGGAGGCUAUUUUCAAUGAAUGGGUUGCUGAACAAGGUGAGUCGAGAAGCGGCAUAUACCCCACGCAAGUCUUACACUUCUUUCAAUCACUCCAGGAGCACAAAAGCGAAAUACGAAAGUUGCCCUAUGUUCAAUUCAAGGACCAGUUUCCCAUAGACUCUGAGGUCGAGGAUCAGGACAAGCUAUACAGACAGUUUCGGGCCACCUUGGUGGAAUUCGCAGAAUACGAAAAGCAGCUUAAGAAGAGCGGCUACAAGGGCGAGAAUCUCAAGGUGAAGCGAGUCGCCGAAUUUGUGGCUGCCGAGUUAAAGGGAUUGGAAAUUGCACAUCAAGAGCACGAGCUGCAGGCAGAUCUGUUCUUUGAAAAGUGGCUGGAUCUUUGUAACCACUUUGACUUGCCCCAAUCCAUGGUGGAGAGCCCGAUGAAUUUCAUUCUUGGCGACGAGAAGAGGUACAUUUGUUAUAGAGAUGCCUUGAGGAAGUGA